GGGCGAAACGGCCACACUGCGCCAAGCAAAUCAAAAGCCGGCAAACUUUUGCGAAAUCUAAUAAGCGAAUUUUGUAGCCGUUUUCCUGGAAUUUAAGAUGCAAGAACCAUGCGCGGCGUUCGCAAGUGUGUUCAUUGCGGCGCCAUCAACGGCAACCGGGCGCUGCUCUGCAAGAAUUCCGAGUGUCCGCAGCGCAGGAACGUUCUCGACGCCGUGCAGCUGGUGUCGCUGCGGCCAGGCUCCACUGUAUACUCGCUGAGGACCAAGGAGAAGGAGCAGCAGCCGCGCAACUUCGUGGUCAUCCAGGACGUCACGCUGUCGCUGCAGCCGGACGCUGCAGUGGUGUCCAGCAAGGCGGAGUGCUUCGUGGAGUCGUGCAAGCGAACGGGAGGCGAACCGACGGACUGCGUCCAUGUGAAGGCUUGCCGGGAGCUGGGCGCCGAGUUCGCGAAGGCGCAGGUCUACCGCGUGUCCCGCGAGGUGCUGUGGAACCUGAACAUCAGCCUGGAGCAGAAGCAGAACCUCUGGCAGCUGUACAAGUACGCGGAGGAGGAGGAGCACCUGCCGGGAGUGCAGCGCCUGAAUCACUCCACAUUCGCCGUCAAGUGCGAGCGCUCCGAAUCCUUUCCAGCGGCUCGACUCCACGUCACCGUCUCGGCCAAUGGCCUGUCCAAGAAGAAGAGCAGCUACGCCUGCGCCUGCCGCAAACUGAAGAUCAUUGUGGAGCCAGAUAAUUCGCUGGUGAUGCAGGACGAGAUCUGCGAUCACCUGCUGCUCGUCCUGGCUGGCAUCCUCAGUUCGCCGCAGGGAAAACGCGUCUAUGGCCACUUCACCAGCGGUUUGCAGACCUUCUGGAUGCCCUCGCAGCUGGAAACUCCGCUGGGCGACGUGGCCACCGAGGAUUUGCGGCUCAGCCUGGACAUGGUGGAUGAGCUAGACCCGCAGGUGGACAUACUUAUCUUUGGCGACCAACUAGAUCUUGCCCUGCCGAAUUUCUCCGAGGGCGUCUUUAACCUGGACAACAUGCAGGCCGCCACUUCUAGCCAAAGCACCUCGAGCACCAACGAUGCCCUGAUCCACUAUGCCAACGACUCGCAGCUCUUGUCCAACUGCGAUGUCUAUGCGGAGCCCAUCGAGCUAACCGACUGCAAUAUCGAGCUGAUGGAUCAGUUUCAGCCCACCGACCAGCUGGAUAUUUGCAGCGAGGAUAUAGAACUGCCCUUGAUCAGUGAACCCUACAACAUCCUAGCUGCUCCGCCCAUUUUCACCGAGGCCACGCCCUCUGUGGUCGCCGAUCAGCUGCCCAUUGAGCUGGCCACCAUAUCGGUGGUCAAGAAGGCACCGGUCAAGUUCUCGGAAAUAGUGACCGAAGUGAAGUCCGUGAAGCAGCCCUCUCUGCCGGCCAAAAGGGAGUUAAUAGUGAAUGGUGCAGCAUCGGCAGCAUCCGUUUGCUUGGACGUUUCCGUUCAGCCGGCUCUAUCCUACUCGGCAUGGCUGGAUCAUGUGAUCGAGCUGCUAAACGAGAGUUGCGAGCCAUUGGAAACGGAGAACGCCACGCUUACCAAGCGCUCGGUGCAACAGAACUUCCAUGUGCACAAGGAAACCUUUUCGCACUUUUGCAAGAGCUUCAGUACUGGAGUCAAGCGACGUCCGUUGGACAAGCUAACUGUGAUAGAAUCGGGCAAACAUAAGGGCCUCAGCAAGUACACCUGGCACUUUGCGAGUCCGCACACCGCGAAGCGCAUCUUCAGCACCUCCAACAUACAGCUGCAGUUGGAUCGCGCUUUCGAGCGGCAUCCAGAAGGACACUUCGUUCCCUACGUGCGUCCACGGAUGGAGCCACAGGUGGCGGGUCAGCCGAAAAAGCGGGUAGUCUACCCGAGACUCAGCCUUUACAUGGUUAAGAUACUGUUCGAAGCGGCUCCAAAGGACUACGUCGGCAAUGGAGUCCUGGUGACCUGGACCCCGGAUGUUUUGCCCCGCAGCCAGUUCGGGCUGAUGCACGUGGAGUUCACCGUGGAGACACGUCCGCCCAGCUAGGAACACACCUAUUGCUGGAUGCAUCUUUAUGUACAUAUAGCCACGCGUGGAAAAGGGAAACUUUUGCCAGCCAUCAAGUUUAUUGGGGGGCUUAGCCAUUCCCGUUGUGGGGCAUUAAUUGAGCCGCCGGGCUUUUAAAAUAAUUGCAACAUGCAAGACUACUUUCAUGCCACGGAGUGUUUGAUUCAGAUAUGUCCGUUGAAAAAUGAAUGUAUGCCAACAUUUCAGUGGAAAUCGCACAUCGCACAAAUAUUAAUUUCAAUAUGGACGGCGAGGGAAAACAACACAAUACUAGAGUGGUGCCUGCUACGUGUCCUAGAUACUCCUAAUUCGGAUUUAAUUUAAUUAAAUUUGCCACCAAAUUUUAUCUGCCUACUUAAUAUCAUAAUUUGUCAAAAAAUUGGCAUAUAUAAUUAACAUAAAUAGGCUAUAAUUGGUUUGCGAAUUUCCUUGCAAAUUUAUUGAGGCAUAACAGUCGAAAUGGAAAAUGGGUAUUUUUGACGUUUUUCGUCACUACUUGGCUCAAAAUAGUCAGAAAUCUAUAAAAAUAACUUUUUUGUGUAUCUUUUGCCCCGAAGUAACAUGGCAUAUCACUUUUUGACCGAUUUUCUAAAAUCCAUAUUUUGGCCAUUUUCGAAUUUUUUGUAAGGGGUACCAUCAUCAUUUUUUGCAAAAAUUGGCUCAAAAAUUUUUUUUCAAAGUUUUAAUUUGAUUGGAUGUGGAAUUCGAUUACGAGUCCAACAAGGUAUGACAAUCCAUAUUUCUGACAAUAUUUCUCAAGUUAUGGCUGAAAAACGAAUAUUUUUGGUUGUUUAUGCGAAUUUAUAUGUCUCAAAUGAAAAUACAGCUUUCUUUUCUUUUGUAACCAAUUUUUCUUUAUUCAUUACAUUGUAUUUGCCUAUAUAUUUUAUUCUGUAGUAUGAUUUUGUAUUAAUUAUGAUAAGCAGUGAAAAGUAUGCAACAUUCAAUCAGCGUCUGGGGUAAGUCUCUACUACACGCCUAUCGAAGUUCCAAACCCUGUAACGACGAUUGGAGUGAGGCAUAUCGAUAUGCUUAAGGUAACAAAAGCAGUCUUAAUUUACUAAAUAGCAAAUAAGUAUAUAAAAUUAAUAAAUCUAACAUAUUCUUUUAUUUUAUUUAGCACUGUCACUAAAUCUAAGCACCAAAUCAAAUUAUAUUCUCCCGCUGAAAGUGUGCUCUUCCUAAGAACCUUCCGCUUAUUCAAUUUUCUAGCUACU